CCUAUGUAUGUUUUAAAUAUAAUUGGCUACCCACGUUAAAGAGGAAUUUAAUAAUACUUAUUUGAAAAUUAUGUUUUCUAUAACAGAAUUUCGCAAUAUCGUUAAGCUGUAUUAGGAAAGAGUUCGGUGAGAACUUUUUGCUUAAAUAUUUAUACCGAAAGCAUGCGCCUAUUUAAGACGCGCAAAUCCAUAGAUACUUCUCAAAAUCCCUUGGCAUCGGAUAGUCAAACCUCUAAUCAUUCACCGGUAGCAACAUGUGCCUCGAAAUUUACCAAAUCAAUAAGUGGUUCUUCUACCAUAUCAUCGUCUUUGCCCGAUUUGCACGAUAAUUCACCCGUUAUGAUUUUAAGUUGCACGAAUUUAAGUACCAGCGGUACUCCAAAUAUAGCAGUUUCCUCUUCAGCUCAUACUACACCGCCCAAGAGUAAUGAUUCCCUGUCGCCGCAACAAUGUUCUACACCCGGUAUACACUAUCAAGCUGCUCAACAAAAUCUUAAUUACUCGCAUAGCGGUAGGCAAACCCCUUCGGCUUUAUCUGUGGCCUCUUUAAAUGAUGCUGUUCUACAGAGACCGGCCAGUGUGCAUAUUUUUAAUCAUAAGGCCAAUUCUUUAUUGUUAAAUUAUGGUGGCAGUAGUAAUGAUAUAACCGGUCCACCAAAUGGUCAAUACCAAAAGUAUUCUCAAAGUACAAAUAAUGGCACAAUAUCGCGAGGUUUGUUGGGGCAACAUCAUCGUAAUACCUCUUCUUCGAGUAGUUGUAUAUAUGAAAAGUCUAAUGGUGCUGCUGGAGCAAGAAAUUCGAUUGGUGGCAGUUUGAAUAUAACACCGAAUGGUUGUAAUAGCAAACAGAGUAAUUCUUUGCAACUAAUGGGUUCGAAUGUUCAAUUACCCGAUUAUAAGCUGGUCACUGCUGUACCAGUGGUGGUUUUAGAUGAUGAACAGAAAUCAAUAAUAUCUACCACCUCCAACACCUCUACCAGUACUACAAAUUCAAUAGCCAGUACGGCUACAAACAGUGCUAGAAAUGUUUUUACUUGGGGUAAACGUAUGAGCCGUAAACUAGACAUUUUAAAACGUAGUGACACCCACAACACUCACAAGUCUCACACCGAUCUACGCAGCCUCUUUCACUCGCCCAAUCAUCAUAAUGCCAGCAACAGCAACAACAACAGCAAUAACACCAAUCAAAGCAAUAACACUCCCACACACAAUUCAAACAAUCGAGAAGGACACUAUCAAAGCAAUACAUUAAAGAAAUGCAAAUCUGGACCCAUAGAAACGAUUAAAAAUCGUGAACAACAAAGAAAUCAAAGUAUAAAAUUACAAAAUAAAUUAGGGGAAACGCAGCACUCUGCCUCAGCUUCUAGUACACCAACACAUUCGUCUCAAACGAGGCCGCAGACAAAGGCUAUAAAGAAUUUCUUUCAUCGCAUAGGAUCGACAGGCAUGUUAAAUCAUAAAUCUCAUAAUCUGGUCAAAGCGGCCGAGCAACCAAAUAAUCAAGCAUCAACAGCUUCUCUAUAUCGUAGUAGUUCUACGAGUCAGUUGACUACUUGUUCCUAUGUGAAGUGUGAUGAUCCUAGUGAUGGUUUAAAUUUAGCUAAUGGCCAAAAGAGGCAAUCAAUGAGUGGUUUACUUAAAAGUGGGGCUAGUUUGCUAAAUGGCAGUAAUGGUAGUAUAGCCAGUGCGGGUAUAAAGUCUAGUAGUUGUGAUGAUAUAGCCAAGGUGGGACAAGUGGUUAUAACAACAACAACCAAUUCGGCUUCAGAACCCUCUUCAGCCACCUCACCCCAAAACUCGGGAGAUGCUAAUAAUAGAAGAGCCGCCUUUCCUUAUGCCUUUCUGCGCUCUAGGCUAUCGGUGUUACCAGAAGAAAAUAAUGGCUCGGUGAUGAAACAACCUUCCCUCUCCAGUUUACACACUUUGGCCGAGCAACAACAGUAUCUACAUGUACCCAAUUCUCCUUUACCAAAACAUCGCAAUUCCACUAUUUUACCUGCCGUCGAAACAGACUUUAAUCAAUUGACAGAUAAUCUCUCAAUUGCUAGCUCUACACCAAAUCAUUCUGUAAAAAUGAUUUAUCGGAAUGAUUCUUUAACGAAGCGUUAUUCCUCGGAUGAUAGUGCUAUUGGCAAUUGCUCGCCCAUGCAGCAGACAUCUCAACAGUCCGGCGGCGGCAGUGGUGAUGUUUCACGCAACAACAGCAUUACUUCCAAGGACUGGGAACCACUUUACCAAAGAUUAAGUAGUUGUCUAAGUUCAAAUGAAUCGGGUUACGAUAGUGAUGGUGGCAAUAAUAUCACACGCCUAAGCAAUAGUCUUGGUAUCUCCGGAGGAGAUACAGAAUCCAUUGCUUCGGGUACUCUAAAAAGAAAUUCCCUAAUAUCACUCACCUCAUCGGAGGGUUUGGGAGGUGGAGUGAUGACAAGUGGUGGCGGUAGUAAUGCUUUGCGUUCGAGUAGUAUUUGUAGUACUAUGAGUGGUCCCGUUUCGUUAGGUGGCUAUAAUUAUGAUUACGAAACCGAGACAAUACGUCGUCGGUUUAGACAGGUGAAGUUGGAGAGAAAAUGCCAAGAAGACUAUAUAGGUUUGGUACUAUCGCCCAAGACUGUACAAACCAGCAAUAAUGAAAUGCAAUAUAGAUAUUUGAUUGUCGAAAUAGAUCCGUAUGGUAUGGCUCAAAAAGAUGGCCGCCUUCGCCUGGGAGACGAAAUUGUCAAUGUUAAUGGCAAUCAUUUGCGUGGCAUACAAUCGUUCCAGGAGGUGCAACGUUUAUUAAGCUCCUUUGUCGACAAUUGCAUUGAUUUGGUUAUAGCCCACGAUGAGGUUCAUACUAUAACCGAUUUUUAUACCAAAAUCAAAAUUGAUGGCUCUUCAGCUUAUGGGCAAAAAACAGAAAUGGAAUCAAAUCCAACACAAACUGAUAUGUAUAGUUCUAUGCAAUCUCUAACUUCGGACACGCCACCACCACCGCCUCAAUCAAGGAAUGAUUAUUUAGCUCGAGCUAGAAAACGUUUAAGUUAUACACAACGCACCCAAAGUACCGACAGUAUCAAUAGCUAUGAUUUGCAUAGUUUACAAUUGGCUUUGGAACAUGAACGCGACGAUGAUGCCGAGUCUAUAGCUAGUACUUCUACCAUUAACUCAGCCGUGGAUGUUACUUCACCGCCCAGUGGACCCAUGCCCCCUUCCAUGCCCUUAAUGCAGCAUAGGAGAUGUUCCACACCACGUCAUUCUAUGGAUGCCUCUGCUUUGGAACAUUUAAGACGUCGUGCCCGUUCUUCUUCAGGUCAGCGCAAUUUGGAAUUAACCCCCAUGCUUUACACAAACGAAUACACUCCGGUCUAUAACAAUCGUUCGUCUAGUGUUUCUCUAGCUACGCACACGAUAAGCGAUGAUGAGAAAUGGCAAUUGUUGAAUCGUAAACGCUGUUCAGAGGGCGCCGCCUUACAGACACCCCUACAGCCGCCUCAGUGUGGUAAUCGUAGUGCUUCUUUAAGUAUAGAAACUCGCAAAGCUAGUCUCAUAAGUCAAGAUAGUUUGGAGGGUGCAGCACAAGCGGCACAACCCUUCCCAGCACGCACUCACUAUACCCGCAAUUCAAUAAAUCUCUCAAAUUCGCAUUAUCGUUCGUUGCGUUUUGCACAUUCUCGCCUUAGUUCGUCACGUUUAAGUUUAUUUCUGCAGCCAAAUAAUACUAAUAAUCAAGCUCAAACAGCAACAGCCAAUGCUAACCAACAACAAUACACCAAUAAUACAACAAAUAAUCACAAUAAGACUAAUGCUAAUACUAAUAUCCAAAACCAAACAAACACCAACAACAAUUAUUCCCUUCAUAAUGAUAACACCAACUCUGCCACACCUACAAUAACUUUAGCUAAUAAUGUCCUUGAUUUAGAGGAUGACAACGUUACUAGUUGUGGUGUUAGUAAACGUUUUCAAUCGUCUGUAAAUGCUCAACAACAGCAUCAAACGGAUGUUACACAUGAUCUCAAUAGUACAACAACAACAAAACAAUUGCAUCAACAAAUGCCACCAAAAUAUAUAAGUAAUACUACUUUAACCCUAAAUCAUUUAACCAAACACAAUAAUCAUCAUCAUCAACAUCAUUUAAAUGUUCCUUCCUCCUCUACAACAAAUCAAUCUAAUGCUUCAACAACUACUACAGCAACAGUGGGUAAUCGGACAUAUUUAACACCGGCUAUGGCUACACCAUCAGCAGCCAUGCUGCAACAUCAUCGUCCCUCAUUACCCGUGGCCAAACUAACAAUUAGAGAUGAAGAAAUGGCUGAGGUAAUCAGAGCCUCACUGAGUGAUGGCUCCCGACGCGGUACUCCUAGAGUUGUGACUUUCUUUAAGGGUCCUGGCAUGAAAUCUUUAGGUUUCAGUAUUGUUGGUGGACGUGAUUCGCCUAAAGGCAACAUGGGCAUUUUUGUUAAGACUGUGUUCCCUACGGGACAGGCAGCAGAUGAUGGCACUUUGCAAGCUGGCGAUGAAAUUUUAGAAAUCAAUGGCAAUUCAGUGCAAGGUAUGAGUCAUGCCGAAACUAUAGCAUUAUUUAAAAAUGUUCGAGAGGGUGCUAUAGUUCUAAAACUACUAAGAAGAAGACUACAAAAGGCUAAAUCAAUGGGGGCUUAAAAGAAGACAAAAAAUAAUUAUUCUUUCAAAGAAUUUAUAUUUAAAUAACGAGAAAAAUUAUUAAUAUUUGAAUAUUUAAUUAAGUACCUAUAUAAAACAAACAUUUAAUUGAAUGUAAGUGUUUUAAAACUAAUAAAAAAUAAAAAUUUAGCUAUAUUUCAAUUUAGCGUAUUGUAUUUGUUUGUUAAAUAUUGUUGAAAUAUUGCAAUUUUUUAGAAUUCUUAAAAAUCCUUACUUUAACUUUU